UUUAGAGGAUAAACACAGAACAGUUCUUCCAUGACUCACAGUUUCUGUUCUUUUUACUGGUCGUUAUAUCAAAAACCUUCUAAAAAUAGAUAAAACAAACACACAGUUGCACUUAAUUUCUGUUUUUUUCGUCGUUAUCUUGUCUUAAACACCACUCGUUACUCUGUUUUUAGCUGAAACAGAGAGAGAAAAAUUAGUAUAUUCAGUUAGUUUUAAAAAACGAACUUUUCUUCUUCUUUCCCCCAAACAUUUCACAACGUACAGAUCCGAUCAAAGAUGUGUCUUUAUGUUGUUCAUCUUCGUCUUCUUGAUCGUUGAAGCAAUGGCGUCUUCUCAGUUAGAGAUCGCCUCGUUGCGAUCUAACUUCGGAUGUAUCCUCAGAGAUCGCAACCAAAGGCAGAAUCUGAUCUCCGACAAGCCGAAGAAGAAGAACAGAAGCCGUCAUGUGUCGCCGGAGAAACCACGUGUCCGAAAAGGUAAGAGAAACGAGAAUCUUCGAGGAGCUUCUUCUCUUGUUCAGAUAUGGGAGGCGAGGCUAAACCGAUCCAGCGCCGGAAACUCACCGAUUCAUGGCCGAGAGACAGAGAGCGUUCAAGAAGAAACUAACCUCUCGGUUCCUUCCCUCGACGGAGACUCUGAAUCGGAGAACGAGUCGAAGGAUCCGACGGUGGAGGUUGAUUCUGGUGAUCUAAAUACGGUUCUUGAUUCUGGUGAGAGUAAAUGGGGUAGAGUCGCUGAGAUUAUACGGAAACUGAAGAUAAACGCCGGAGAUAAUGUCGGUGGGGCCGAGAUGGUGAAGGUUAAAACGCCGAAGCAGGAGAAAAGUUGUUUUCCGGUGGUAACGUGUUCGCCGCGACUUAGAGGAAGGCAAGCGUUCUCUGAUUUGCUUAUGCGUUUGGAGCGGGACCGUCAUCGUGAGUUGGAGACGCUUGUUGGACGCAACGCAGUUUCUAAAUUUACUCAACGCGGUCGCCUCCAGUCAAUGUUGCGGCUAAGGACUCUCAAACGCGGCCUAUUGAUUCAAGAACGUCAUCUUUCUAGCGCAAAAACACCUGAUCUGAAUCGUGUUGGACUUGGUUCUACAGUUCUUCACCUAAGAGAAAGAUUCAGGACAAACGCCACCUCUGAAGCAGAACGGAAGAAGAGCCAAGAAACUACCUUAAAAAAAGAGAGCAUGCACCCAAAAGAAACUAGUAUUCUUCUAAAAACUGAAUCAAAGAUAAGUAACCUUGAGCUGCAAGAAACCAAGGUACCAGAAGCUUUGAAAAGAGAAUCCGAUAACACUAUCCCCCACACCAUCGUAGCUCUUCAAGAACCGUGUGCACUGGAGAACGAGGUGGAAAACCGUACACAGGGAAGUCAAGAAACACUGUUACUUGAGAGACAAGAAACGUCGUUCAGAUGGGAAGAUGAGGAAGAGUAUGAAUAUGAACAAUCUUAUUACGGAGAAACGAACAACGACUGGUUUACAGAUAUAUCUCGCCCUCGGAGUUAUUGGGAAGAUAUGAGGAAAUCGCGGUAUUUGGAAGUGAUGAACACUCGAUCUGACAAAGAUGAUAUAUGCAAACUCCUUGAGAGAAGGACAGUUUCUGAUUUCCUUCAGAGCGGAUUGCGAGAGAAGAUCGAUAAACUCAUGAUGUCCCGUGUUCAGACACAUCCGGUUCAGCGGAUUGAGGAAUCUGGUAAAGAGGAGCAAGAAUGUGACAUAAGCCAAGAAGAAGAAGUCAGAGAUGACUUGAGCCACACGUCAUCCCAGUUAUUUGCGCCAUCACCUGCAGGAUCAUGGAGUUCUCAGGACAUAGGAGUUACUUCCACACCUGACUUAUCACCACUGCACAAUCCUCAGUCCACUGAGAUGGAGAUUAUAAGCGAGAUGAGAUCACAGAUCUUACAGCUCCAGCUAGAAAUGUCUGAGCUCCGAGACUCUGUCAAAACGUGUUUGGACGUAAACGCUAGCCUUCAAAAGUCAGUUCACCGCGAAAAUCCCCUGAAACGCAAAUGCUGCGUUUGUAACGAAACGCAAGUUGAAGCACUUCUAUACAGGUGCGGACACAUGUGCACAUGUCUUAGAUGCGCAAACGAACUACUAUACAAUGGCGGGAAAUGCCCUAUUUGUCGUGCUAAGAUCCUAGACGUUGUUCGCGUCUUCGUCGAUUCAACGACCUAAAAAAACUAAUAGAACCAACGGUUCAAAACGCUAACGAUAUUUCACUUAACCCUUAUACACAUGUUUUAUUUCCCUUGUUUGCUUUUACGUUUCAGUGGAGAGCGUUUGCGUUUCUAAUCUGCCUCCGAGAUUCAUAUCUAUGCUUUUUAUAGGUGAACUACUAACCGAACCUCUUUUCUUGACGUUGAAGUUAUCUUCUUGUAAAGACACAUACACCUUUUCACUUUCCUUCCAUCAAGUUUGUACGAUGUUGAAAGGUUUAGUAUUUACCGUUUUAUAUUAUAUACUUCUUUAUGUACCAAUUAUAAAAACAAUGACGGGAAAUUUUCAAAUUACUACCAAAAAAGAAGAAUAAUUCAAAAACAAAGCUUAAUGUUCGAUCAAAAGUGAAACAUCAAACAUGUCGAGAGAUCAUAGAACGCAAAAAUACUUAUAUACAUAGAUACGAACACAUAUAAUCGUAAAAGUCUUAUUAAAAUAUAAGUGCUAUUUUUAUCUUAAGCCCUUCACGCGUUCUGUGCUGCUAAGAACGUGUUGAAGUCAUCUCUAGCUUUAAGCAAGCGUGGGGUCAUACACGACCGCGGCGAAGCCGGGCAAGAAACCGAGUUAGUGGUUGAAAAUCUGACACGGCGAUGCGGUGACGUCUCAGCCGAACCUCUCUGUUGCCUUUCCGACCGAGAAGUCUUUAAAACACUUCUCAAAGGUAAAUUUUCUGUUUCCUUGUCGAAUAAGAAACCUAAACUCACCGGUUCUUGCACAUCUUCUCCGCCGCCUCCACGGCCACAUUUGAUCAUCUCCACGGGUAGA